GGGCGGCGUUCUUCCCGAGGGCGUCACCAGGGCUAGUCGCUGGGUGCCGGGUGCCGGGGGUAGGGGCGGAGCUGGGAGAUGGCGUUCAGAGUGGCUCGCUGGCUGGCCUUGGCACCCGUCCGAUCCGGGGCUCUUCGGAGCGGACCGAGCUUGAAGAAAGAUGGCGAUCUCUCUGCUGGACGGGGCGACUCAGGUCGGAGCCUGGUACCGUCGAGGUCAGUCAUCGUUACUCGCAGCGGCGCCAUUUUGCCCAAACCGGUGAAAAUGUCCUUUGGCCUUCUCCGUGUGUUCUCCAUCGUGAUCCCCUUUCUCUACGUCGGGACUCUCAUUAGCAAGAACUUUGCUGCUCUACUUGAAGAGCAUGACAUUUUUGUUCCAGAGGACGAUGACGACGACGACUAACAGGUCAUGGAGAAGUAAACGGGGAAGCCCUGAGUUAGGAAAUGGUGAUGCUCGCAGCCUCUCCUCCUUGCCUGUCAGCAGAAGGGCCCAGGGAAGGCCCUCAGCCUCCUAACUCCAGUGAAGCCUCUCGCCAGGUCCGUGACCACAGCCAAGAUUCCCAGGCUCUGGGAGGUUCCGAGAUGUGCUGUCCACUGAGCACAAGCAAAUGAUGAAUAAACAUAAUACACCUCAGCUAUGUAUGACUGAUGGCCGCA